CGAACAAAAUGUUGCGCUUUACAUUCCUCUUAUUCCCAUUUCUCUUAAGUAUCAUUCCUCAGUGUUUAAGUCUUCAAGCUGAUUAUUUUUGGCGAGAUUACACUAAUGGUGAAGUGCCCCUUGAUGCUGUAGUCGGAGGUAAACUUGCAAACGGUAAAAACGUUUAUAUUGGACAAGCAUAUAUAGCUCAUCAAGGUGAAGUAAUCUGUGAAAUUUUUGAUGGAAUAAAAAAAGUUUAUGUUCCGGCGUUCCAAGAUGUAGUACAAAAAAUAGAGAAGAAUGUAAAGAUACUUUGUGGUCCUCAACAAAAUUUAUAUUGGGUUCCAACAGAUUCUAAAAACGUACACACGCUACUGGUUAGUAAUAUUGGAGUGCGUGGUGGUCAUGAAGAUGGUAAAGGAGAAAUAAACAUUGGAAGAAUAAAUAUUAACGGAGGCUCUAAAAUUGGAAAAAUUGAUACGUAUUUCAAUACAGUUCCUAUGUAUUAUAAUAAUAAUUUAAGAGAAGAAAGCACUAUGUCUUACGAAAUUCUUUUGUACAAGAAACAUAAUGCGAUACUUAACUAA